AUUAUCGCAAAAUAUAAAGUUUAUGUGAUUAUUUAUUUAUAAUAUGUACAGAUUAUGAAAAUUAUUAUCUGGUAGCAGCUUCUAAAAGCACACUGUAAUAGUUUGAUAAGAAAUGUAUACAGUAAUACAUUCGCUGUUAUUGCAUUAAACAUAACAGUACAAUUAAAUUUAUAAUUUGUUACGAUUAUAUUUUUAAAAAGCUCAUAAUUACUAUAGUAAUAGAGAGGUUUUUUAACAUUAUGUUUAUUAAAUAAUACAUGUAAUGAAUUAUGUCUUGAGAAAGGUUAGGUAUUGAAGUUUAAAAUUUUUGUUUGUACUCUUGUAUGUAGAUAACAUUUUACGUUUAUUGCAUAUUUCAUCAUAAAUCUUAAUGGAAAUGUAAUACAACUUCGUCAAUUAUGAAUUUGUUAAUAUUAAUCACAUGAACAACAUGCUGUUAAUAAGUUUGAGGUUAUAAAAUCAUAUUGCCUAACAAUUAUUUUGCAUUUAAUUUAUAUCUAAGUAGUUAAAUAGUAUAAAGGAAUUUUAAUUAAUACAAAGAUAUUGGGUUAUACAUUAUUUUCUGUUAUAAUUAAUGAACAAUGCAGUAUCUGAAACAAAUUUUUCAUGUUAUAAACAAAUCUCAGUAUGUACUGAAGAGGAAAAAAGAAUUUAAUAUAUUAAAUGUUAUUCGGCGAUAUAAAUCUGAUUUUGAUGUAGAAUAUGAGGGAUAUGAAGAAAAUGAUGAAGAAAAAAGAACUUAUAUGGAGUUAUCUGAAAAUUGUUUAGGGUCCCUUAUCGAUGAAAAUAGAGUAUUUGUUAUACAGCCAUAUAUAAAAUGGGGUAGAGAUAAGAAAAGAAAUACAACACCUGAAUUACAAUUAGCAGAGGCAAUAGCACUGAUCAAUACUUUACCAAAUUGGAAAGUCAUUGGUGAAAAGCUUGUUCCUUUACUCAGUUUACAAAGAAAACAAUUAGUUGGUUCUGGGGCUCUUGAUACUCUGAAGAAGGAAAUCAGAAAUUGUAUACAAGUUAGAUCAAUAUUUGUUAGUACAAAUUUAUUAAAAUUUAUACAAAUUUCUGAGCUACAGAAAGCUUUUGACUUGCCAGUUUAUGACCGGUACUCUAUAGUUAUUCAUAUUUUUCGACAACAUGCACAUACUCCAGAAGCAAAGUUGCAAGUAGCCUUAGCAGAACUGCCAUAUAUAAGAAAGAAAAUGAUUGAUUUUACUACUUAUCGUAUGGGCAGGAUAAAUUUAGAUGAGAGAAGAAGAAAAAUACUUCAAGAUAGAGAAAAGAAAUUGAGAAAUGCCUUGGAAAAAUUGAAACAAUAUAGAGAAUUGAAGAAAACAAAUAGAAAUAAUUAUGGUUUUCCAAGCAUAGCUGUUGUUGGGUACACAAAUGCAGGAAAAACAUCUCUGAUAAAAGCAUUAACAGGGGAUGCACGUUUGCAACCUGAAAAUAAAUUAUUUGCUACUUUGGACACCACAGUACAUCAAGGAUUCCUAUCCAAUAAAUUAAAAGUAUUAUACGUCGAUACAAUCGGAUUUAUUCAGGAUGUACCAGAAACUUUAAUAGAACCAUUCACAGUAACGUUACGAGAUGCUAUAAAUGCAGAUAUUUUGAUACAUAUAUUUGAUAUAAGUCAUCCUGAUAUUCAAGCACAAAUUGAGCAUGUUCAGAAAACAAUAAGACCAAUGAUAGAGGAAAAUAAGGUGAUCAUUAAUGUUGCCAAUAAGUGUGACAUCAUUGAAAAGAGGAAUAUCGACGAAGAUAUUUUACCAGAAGAUACAUUCAUUGUUUCUUCUGUGAAAUCCACAGGAAUUGAUGAGUUACAGUCUAAAAUAGAGGAGGAAAUUAUGACUGCUGCUAAUUUGCUUAGGAGAAAAUUCAGGGUGAAAAUGGGUAGUCCAGAAGCAUCAUUGUUGUACAAAGAAACAGCGGUGAUGGAAUCUGAACCUGAUCCAAAAAACGUACAGUAUCUAAUAAUGGAUGUGGUUGUAACAACACCUGUAUUUUACAAAUUACAACGAAUAUUUAGACGAUGAAUUUCAUUAGCACUUAAUAAUUGAGUACUCAUCUAAUGUGAAAAGUUACAAAAUAAAAUGUUAAUUUUUGACGAAAUGAAA